AUGAUGGGCAAGACAUUUCCUGUGCCUGCCACCCCACCACAGCAGCAGCAACCACAACGGCAGCCGCAGUCAAAGUCGUCGUCGGCGCAACCAAAAUCAAAAGAGAGGCAGAAACCGACCCCACGACGCAGCAUAGUGCUUGUUGAUCAGCCACGCGUGGCUGCUGCAGAAAUCGAGGUUGGCCGCCCGGGGUCGGUAGUGUCGGGCACGUCAGAGGAGGAUGAGGAGGAGAUUGUGAGGGUGGUGGAGCUGGAUUCAUGGAGUGAGGGGACAUGGGAGACGACGUCGUAUGGGGCUUCGCCAGGCGGGUAUGGUACGGGCUCGGAGAACUCGUUCCAGGCGCUGGUUGCGCGGCCGGCGCGAAAUGUAAAGUACACACUGUCGCCCUUCAACCCGUCGUUCUUUGGGGAUCUGGACGCAACUGGUCGAUAUUAUCUAUCCUAUUUCGAUGAAAGAGUCUGUCGUGAUUUUAUCUUGUUUGAGCGAUAUGGCGAUAAUCCAUAUCGGAACCUACUGCCCAUGGCUGCUCAGAAUCCGCCAUUUCUGCAUGCAGCCCUGGCAGUCGCUGCACGGCAUCACAGUAACAAUUGCAACUUCCCAGAGACUCAUGCGUUGGUGUAUAAGGGCCGGGCAUAUAAACACCUCUCCCAUGCCCUGCAGACGCAAACCUGUGGCGGCAAGAUCGUGACCGAGCCUGUUCUCGCAGCAAUGUUACUCUUCCUCUUUUUCGAAGCCCUAGACUCGGGAAUGAAUACCUGGAAGAUCCACCUCCGCGCCGCUCGACGGCUGAUCCAGCUUAGCGGUGGCAUGAAAGGCAUCAAAGGCGGCAUGUCUUCCAUGCUCUCUGUUCUUAUAACCCACGUCGCAGCUAUCGACAUCAUUGGCCGUAGUCUGGCAUUCUCUGGCCCGGAGAGCGAUUACCAGCCAUGGGGAAGCUCUCUCUCAGAGGUCUUUACAUCUCUCAAAGAGGCUGAGGACUACUCCUUCCUUGGAUGUCCUGCUGAGCUCCUCCAAAUUAUCCUGUGUAUCACCUUGCUCAAUAAUCAGUCUCGACAGUCAGCGGCGGGGAUCACAACCAUUGCCACUACAGACGUAUCGGACACGAACUUCAUCCCCUCUGCAGAAACGCUCAUGACACGAAUUAACGCUUUCGACCCUGCAAACUGGCUUAAAACGAGCAUGCCCAAUAUGAAGCUCCAAGCAAAGCUCUCUGUCGCCGAGAUCAAGCCGCAGGAGCUCUUUCACCACGUUUCGGCGUAUAAAUGCGCCGUACAUCUCUUUGCAGCCCAGGUGCUAUCGCCGCCGCUACCACCGCUGGCGCAGGCCGAAUUGACGGAGAUGACGAAUCGACUGAUUGCACAUAUUGGGCAUAUCGCCCCAGGUAGUGUGCUGUAUAAGGGUGCGGUCUGGCCGGUGUUUCUUGCAGGGACAGGGCCAUGGAGGAGGGGCAAAGGGAGUUCGUUAGAGGCGCCUUGA